AAAAAUAGUCUACCUUUAGAAUUGUAUUAAACAUUGGGGGCUUAUUUAAAUAAUAGACAAUUUAUGGUGAAAGUAGGAAAUUUCAUAUCUAAUGAAAGACAGAUAAGGGUUGGUGUACCACAAGGCAGUGUUGUAGGCCCAACUCUAUACAUCAUAUACUCGUAUACAGCAGAUCUUCAAACAGCUAACAAUGUAUUAACAUCAACUUUGCUGAUGACACAGCUCUAGUGAGCCGUAACAAAUGCCACUUAAUAAUAGCAUCAAGAAUAUUAAGAAUAUUAGCCAAUGAAUAAAAAGUUUGUUGAACAGUUACCGCCUUCAGGUCAGUGUUCUACCUGCCUCUCUCUAAUAUAACAAUACAAGUCGAAAACUUGCAAACAUUAUUCCCACCCCCAAACCACAAAAGAUUGAUUUCUAGAACAAGGUCACUGUAUACUAAGUUCAGGUAGCAGGUAUGCAAGGUAGUUCCUUUUGUUAAAAAAGAUUAACUACCUGCGCAUCUUUUAUGCUCAGACUUUUGCGAGUCAAAAGUUGGGGUUGACUAUAUAUCGCGAACACAGUUCGGUUACCAAAUCAUUAUCGAACCAAAAAGCACAUAGUGCACAUCGUGUCCUAGAGUAGUAAAAUAAAAUAAGCAUCCUGUACAAACCAAAAUGAAAGACCGUAACCAAAAUAAUGUGGAACCUGAGGAGCCAACAGCUAGAAGAUUUUUCCGUCCCUGGGAAGAUCGUGAUCAACAAAAUGAGCCAAUAAACAUACAAAGGCCAGACGUUGUAGUGCCACCAGCGGAAAACAAUUUGAAUUACUAUCCUCAACCAGCAGUGCCAACAAUGGCAUCGUGGAAUAAAUUUAAGCCAUGCUUCUUUUAUGGUGGUAUGCCAAUCCAGAUGCAAGCGGUACCAACUGCAUGGCCUAGCCGAGCAACAAGUGUGUCAACACAUGCCAUGCCGCAACCAUUACCAGUCCCUACUCCAAACAUGCGGACUAUGGCGCCACAGAUGUCACAAAGGAAACGUAAGCGUGUGGCACAAGACAUGGAAGAGGAGCAGUUAGUAAAGAGAGUCUUACAAAUGUCCCGCGAGCAGAUCGAAAAAGCAUUACCUUAUCGCCGUGAGAUGGCACGCACUUAUGCGCCUAAAGAACGCACGCCAGCCGAACAACGCAAAAGAGAUAAGAACACGGAAGCUUGCCGCUUGAGUCGACGACGAAAGAAGCUUUUUAAAAUGUUGAAGGAGCAGAAUCCAAUGUGUGUUUUACGUGGGUAUCUGCCUGUGAAGGCUCAAAUCCACGGUGCUUUCUAUUGCUAGAAGCACAUAGAUCAAAAAAAUGCGUUGAUCAAGGCCCCAAGGCAUUUGCAAAUUAGAUCUAGUUACUUCGGCAAGGCCAUUGAGCGUAGAUUGGAGAGUACGCUCUUAAAUUUCGAAUACAAAUUUGUGAUACAAAGUCUUACUAGACUGGCCUUUUUAGCACUAAAAGUGACUGUGAUGUUUUGACAAGGCGCCCAACUUGCCUACACAGUUAUUUAGUUUUACUAGAGUUAUAGAACUUUAUUGGCCCGACCAAACAGUUACUUAUUUAUAUAUUUUAUUUAAAUUUACGACAAUUUGUUAAUAUUUAAAAUCAGAAAUUGAGUUAGUUGUUAGUUUUUUUAUGCAAAGUUUUUUGUUUACUAUUAGCUUACAAAUAAUUAUAUAUUUAUGUACCAUAUAAUAAAUAAAUGUGAUAGAACUUAGUUUUUGUGAAUUUAUCGAUGUAGUAUAAAGAAAUAAAGAGUGCAAAAUUACUUAGUUGAAAAAAAUAAUGUAUUUUUUGGUAGUUUUUCUGAAAAACAGUUCUUAAGGGGCUACAUCAGUGUGACAAUUUCAAAAAAUUGAUUUCCUUCGAUGCCAUUUGUCCUCAAUCAUCAGAAUUCACGGGGGACAGGUGAUAAAAAGAAAAAAAAAUAGAAAACUGUAAGGCAAUGGACCUAUUCGUUAAGCUUAAGGACUCAUGGGUACUUUUCAGUAUGCCAAGAGAAAAAAAUUUUUAUAUAUAUAAAUUCUGACCGUGUGUUUGAAUUUGAACUGCUCCUAAACGGACUGACCGAUUUGGAUGAAAUUUUGUGUGUAUGUUCAAGGAGAUUCGAGAAUGGUUUAGAUUUACAAUUUGGUCCACUGGAAAAUGUUUUUUAAAUUAUUUUUUCAUUUUUAAUCAAUUGUUAAUUUUGGAAUGUUUGACCGAUAGAUGGCGCUACCAUCGCAGUAUCAAUAUUCAAACCUUAAAUUGGCGUAAACGUGCAUUAAACAAAACGAUGCCAAAGUAAAAGGCGACAUCUGUGGAUCAAGUUUUUAUAUUGUGGACAGAGUUCGUUCUUAAUACCAUGUUCAGACCGAAAAUUUAAAAGGUUAGAUUAUAUUUAAGCAUUUCAUAACCCAACAGUAUUCUCACUGCCGUUAGAAAGAUCAGAAAACAGCUGUUAUUUUCAUUCAAG